AAAAUCUUAUACUUUAUUUAGAAAUAACAAUACAAAUUAUAGGAAGUUCAACUGAUUGGUACUACAACACAAAAUGGCUGCCGCCCCGUAGAACCAAGUGACUUUUCAGUGUGAUUAAUUUACCUUUCAGCGAUAGCUUCAGAUAUUCUUGAAUAAAGUAUGCUGUGAUUUUGUCUUACUGUAAAAUAAUGUUAUUUUGAUUUGCACUUGCAAGUGGCUUAUCGGUUUCAGCCUUUAUGAUUGAUAGUAUAAAAAUUCAAUAAUUACAAGGUAUGAAACAACAUGGCGGAUUGAAUCAACCAAUGAGAAGCCAGCAUCUAAGCGUUUUAGAAUUGCAUGUACUCACAUUUCGCGUCAUUUCAUUUUUGGUGCCUUCUUUCUUUUGAUAAAAUUCAGUGCCUAAUUUCUUAUCAGUGAUUGGAUUUGUUUAGUUAUAAUUAGCGUGUGAAACGUACAGACUCCUUCGAUAUAUGGUUGUGUUUCGUUCAGUGUCUCAACUAGCGUCGAUAACCGCUGGGAACAUGACUGCGUUGGAUUUAGGAUGAACUGAAAUGCAAUUCAAUCGUUUUGUUUUUGUAAACAAGACUAUGUUUUUGUGGUACACGUGCGAAUCGGUAUAUAAUUGACAGUUGUUCUUGAUGAUGUCGGGUAGGGGGACGAAGAAACGCGGGAGGCCCCCGAAAUCGGGAACUUUUGAAAAGAAUAGAAAAUUUCAAUAUCAUUUGUUGAAAAAACCGAAAUAUUUGCAAAAUCAAAAUGUGGGAUCUGCAUCAGUAGUAAGUACACCAUCAGCUUCGAGAGCGUCAUCGCCGCAAGGAAGCGAUAUAAGCAAACGAAGUACAAGAAAACUACGAGGUGGGAAAACUCACAAAAGUAAGCGAGGCGGUUUGUCUAGUGCAUACUCGCGCCGAGGAUAUAAUCCUCAAGCUGCAGAUUACCACGAGUCUGAAUACCAUUAUGGGUCUGACUUCGGAGAUGACAGCGACAAGUCAGAACCCGAAGAAGAUCGCGGAAGUGAGAGUUCUGAAGAAAGUGCUGGAGAUGGUGCAGCCAGUGACAGUGAUUUUUCAGUCAGCAGUUUUAGUACGUCUGGAGGUACUCCAAGAAAGGUUGUUUCUAAUGCCUUACGUGCUCCUAGUCCUGAUCCACUAUGGCUUCAGGAAGAACGACAGAUUCCCCGAUUGGAAAUUCCAUCUUCCUCAGAUGAUUUGAUCAUCCCUCAAACUUUAGUGCUACAAGUAGUUAGCAUAUAUGAAGUGCUUCGGCACUUUAGACAUCUUGUGAGAUUGUCUCCAUUUCGGAUUGAAGAUCUAUGUGCAGCUAUAAGUUGUGAAGAUCAGAGCAAUUUGCUAAUUGAAGUUCAUAUAAUGCUCUUGAAAGCUUUAUUGAGAGAAGAGGAUGCCCAACAGACACAUUUCGGUCCCUUGGACCAUAAAGAUAGUGUUAACAUAACUUUAUUUUUAUUGGAUGUUAUGACAUGGCCUGAGGUCCUUAGGAUUUAUGUUGAAAGUGACAAGUCAUUUGACCAGAAAGUUGUUAAAAUUGUAAAUUCCUGUGAAUAUCCUUUUACAUCUGUAGAAGAUAGAGUGGUGGUGCUGCAAUUCUUGUGCAAUCAAUUUCUAAUUACCAACCCAGUUCGAGAUGAUCUUCUAAGUGAAGUUCCUAUUCAUUAUGACGAUCACUGCCGGGUAUGUCAUCGUCUUGGAGAUUUACUAUGUUGUGAAACUUGCCCUGCGGUAUACCACCUGGAGUGUGUUGAUCCACCAUUGGUAAACGUCCCAUCCGAAGAUUGGCAGUGUGCGCUUUGUAAACAACAUAAAACUGUUGGCGUCACUGACUGUCUACCUGAUGCUGAGAAACAAGGUUUAUUAUGCCGACACGAGCAUCUUGGUUUCGAUAGACAUGGGCGCAAGUACUGGUUUAUUGCGCGUCGAAUAUUCGUGGAAUCUGAAAACGGCGAAGUCUGGUAUUACACUACGCCACAGCAGUUAGAGGAGCUUUUAAAUAUUUUAGAUGCUGAUGAAAUGGAAACUCCAUUAGUAAGAGAGCUAUUAGAAAUGAAACAAGAAAUAGUAAGACAGAUGGAUAUAACAGAACGCCUGACAAAUCAAUCGAAAGGUAACCGUAAGUCUUAUUUAGAAGUAGAAAAUAAUAAUAUCUUAAAACAAAGAAGACUUCGAGAAAGAGAAAAACAAAAUGAUCCAUCAAUAGGUUUAAAAAUUGAUGAUGAUAAAAUUGAUAAUGAUUCAUCCCCUAUGCCCGAUGGAGAUGUAAUGAAUGAAGUAACCAUUUCUACUGAGGACCCACAAGAUGAUGACGACACUGAAAUAGAUGAUGAAGAUGAUAACAUUAAAAGAGUACGGAAAAAUAAAUCGGCGACAUAUAAAAAGAAUGAUGAAGUAACAGAAAGAGUGACACGUCUGAAAUCAAAUCAAAUAUCUAAUGGAACUUACUUAUUCAAAUUGGGUAACGAAAAUACGUUUAAAAAUUAUAUAAACCAGUACAGCAGCAACCCUUUAGCAUUGAAUAAGCCUCAAAGAAACGAAGAAAGGGAUAAAAAACGGUAUAUGUCCCAUAAAUUUUCUUUAUCAUCUGGACAAGAAUUCAAAUGGAUUGGUUUACUAAAUGCUACAAAACCAUUAUUGGUAGCAACUCUAAGGCAGACAUUAUUACAAUUAGAGUCAAAUAUAGUGGUGCAAUUUAUGCAUCCAAAUUGGUCUUUGCUCCGGAAGCCCUGGGUGCAAGCUGUACAACUGUGUCAAGCUCCGCGAGAUUUUUCAAGAGCUUUAUGUGUACUUCAGGCAUGUAUUAAAAGUGUAGUGUGGGUCCCAGCUUGGCAUGAACAACUGGGUCAUGUAAGACUCAUCCGAACGACCGCUGCAGAUCGCGAGGAACGCAAAAAGCUAGAUAAAAGAGAAAAGAAGGAAAGAGAUGAAGAAGAAGAGAGAUAUAGAACGGCUUAUAAUUUCGUGAAAUAUUCCUUAGGACUUCGCCAUCAGGCAUGGAAACAAAAGGGUGAAGAAUACAGAAUCCAUGGGCAAUGGGGGUGGUUGUGGAAUUCUACCACAAGGAAGUUUAAAAAACAAAAUACCAAUGUGAAACUAAGCCUUAUGAGUGGUCCUGCCAAAAUAGCAGUUAGAGUUCGAGAAGGAAAUGUGAUAAAAGUGUUAGCUGUUGAGCCCAACACAUAUGAAUAUUUAAUUUCUGAUAAUAAAAGCUCUGAAAAAGAUGUAUCAGAAAAACUGCCUCCAUCUAUGCGCAAUUUAAUUAUUGAAAAAGAAGAUGAUGACUUUGAAGAAAUAGAUGUUGAAAAGGCGUUGAGUUCCUCAAUAAGAAGAUAUUAUCCUAAAAUAGCUAGGAAAUCGAAGCUGGAUGAUUUUCUUACACGACGGACAUAUUUGAAAUUUAUGGAAGAAAAGAAAAUUUCUAACUUGUUGACCAAAGUAAAAAAAGAAGAUUCAGAUAUCAAAAAUGAAGAAGACAAAAAUAUUGAUGUCGAAAAUGAUGAGCCUGAUGCGGAUAUGUCUUCGGUCUGCGACAUUAGUAAUGAUAAAAAGCCUCCUAGCGAUGCUACAUCCAAGACCGUAGAUGCACUCAGAGAGCAAUAUCAAAAAUUGGCACUGUUGACUAAACAUUACAAGUGCUAUUCUUCCAGUUGUAAUAAAGUGGAUCCAUCAGCCUUGCUGCAAAGCUCGGGUAUAAAAGUAAAUUGUUACUCACCUUUAUGUAUAAAAAAGACAAAACUUUUAAGUGAACUUUUGAUCAUAAUCAAAAGUGGUACUACCAAUUCGACUGGACUGAUCAAUACUAAAGAGAACAAUAAAAUGUCAAUACUGGAACAAUGUCUGCUAGGAAAAAGUGCUACAUCCGCGACCAAUUCAGAGGAAAAUAUAUUGUCCGACUUAUUAUCAGCGGUGGCAUGUGCACAGGAAUGUGAUAAUAAAAACACAGACUGUUUCGUCAAAAGAAAAUUGAGUGGAGAGUGUGAUGUGACAGUGAAGGCAGAGAAAGAUGACGAGUCUUUAGGCAUUUUAAAAUCUGAAAGUACAUUGGAAGAAUCUGCAGUUCCAGCUGUAGGAAAUGAAAUGGACAUAGACAUUACAUCCAGUAACAAUGAAGACAAUGAAGUUGAAAUAGGUCCAUUGAAGGAAUUAACUGAUGGAGAUCAACAAUCCGACAACACCCUUGUUGACAUUGAGUCUGAGAAAACUCGACCUCCAAUACCAAAAUUGAAAAUCACAAGAGGAAGAUCUUCCAAAUCUUCAAAUAAUGCAGCUAAUGUUACAAAUACUGGAGAAACCAAGGAUCCAUCAUAUAAAUGUUCACUGACGUCAGCUAAAAAUGAGAAUAAAGCCAAAUAUCGUGCCACUGUCAAUAGACGAUUUGGGCUUCUAAGGCCAAAAAGGGAUGACAAGUCUAUAAAAGAAGAAAAAACAGAAAGUGGCUUGGUACGAAUUUAUUCAACAGAAAGUCCUUGCGGUAAAGUGUAUCUUAAAAGAGUUCAAACAUCUGCUGUAGAAAAGAAAAAGAAGAGAACUCCCGUAAAGUAUCCACUUUGUUCCACAUUCCAUACACGUAGUAAGGCGAAAACUAUUAUGGUUUUACCGCAUCAUGAGCUAAAACGUCUUUGUAGGCAAGCAGGACACAAUGCCGUAACUGGUUUCAGUCAUAACGCCAAGCCGAACCAAGCAGUUUGGCCAUAUCCUUGUGCGCGACCUCUGUUUAAAACUUGCUGGCUGUACCGCACCGUAAACCUGCAGUGGCUAGCGAGUGCCGCAUUACAACUGCGUAUAAUGUUUGCAUGUUUACGGUGGGACGAUAUGGCUGCUAAACCAACCACCGCUGACGGAAAACAUCAAUUGACUACAGAUACUGAAAUAGUGUCUUUGGAGCUGCUGAAACAUCGUCAUAUUGGUCAGUUUUCUGAGAGAACGCAAUAUUUGCGAAGGCGUGUAGUUAUACCUCUGGAAUUGCCCAAGACGGUACGCGAAGUCACGUCAAUUCGAAGCGGAUUGAGGAAACGGAAACGAGCAGAAUCUCCUCAAAAUACAGAACCACAGGUGUCGGAGGAAUGGGUGGACGAGGACAAGCUGGAGCUGUGGGAGGUGCGGCAGUACGGCGAGCGCACGGAGCGCGCCACGCCCGUCACGCGCACGUCCACCGGCAAGCUGCCGGCGCGCGCCGCCGCCGACCUCAAGGACAAGAUGGAGCAGCAGCUGCGCGAGCAGCGCGCCGCGCACCAGCAGAAGCGCGCGCAGGAGGUGGCGCAAGAUAAAUCUAAACCGGCCACACCUAAUCAAAAUUCAGGCAAGAGCACGCUGACCUCCCUGUUGACCACCAAUUCUAACACACCCACGGGCCAAAAAACGGUCAUCGGAACUCGAAGAAUUAUUAUGACCAAAGGGGCCGACGGUUCAACGAGAGUCAUAACGCAACCGAUGGUCAACAAGUCCAGCGCUGACAACGCGGCGGCUAAAACUCCCGGAGCUCCGCAGAAGGACGGCCCGCAGAAAGUUCAAAUAAUUCGGGCUCCCGACGGAAAAAUCACCGUCCGGGGCCUGUUAGCGGGGCAGCAGCUCAUUCAAAUGGCCGACGGGAGGCUGCACGUCGUCAUGGCCGGUCAGCAGGGCAUCACCGGUCAACUGGUGGCGGCGUCGCCCGCCGCGAAAACGAUAGAGUCCGUCAACGAGAAAGACGACCGAGGUCAAAACAAGGCCGCGAACGACGACGGCAAACCGGCCUCGCCCCGGGUGACGGCCCCGCCCGCGCAACAGAUCGUACUCCAGGGCAACCGUCAGAUCGUCGUGCAGCCGUCGUCGCAGGUGGUGAUGCAGCAGCCGCAGCAGGUGGUCGUGCAGUCGCCGCAGCAGGUGGUGGUGCAGGCGGGCUCGCGGCCGGCGCUGCAGCCGCGCAUGCCGGCGCUGCAGACGGUGCUGGUGCAGGGCCAGAUCCUGCAGCGCCAGGCCGCGCCCGCGCCGCGCGCCGCCCCGCGCCCGCCGCCGCGCCCCCGCGCCGCCUCCACGCAGCAGAUCGUCGUCAACAACCCGGCGCUCGUGCAGCAGAUCGCCGCCGGGAAGAUUCAGCUGGCGACCGUCAACGGGCAGCAGGUGUUGAUUCGGCCGACCGGCAACAAUCAGGCGCAGAUCGUCGCGCACAUCGGCCAGAGCGCGCCCGCCGCGGCCGCUCCCGCCGUGGCGAUGCCGAGGCCGGAGCCGCCCGCCCCUCCGCAGCCUCCACAGCCUCAACCGCAGCAGGAGCAGCAGUUGACCGAAGAUGAAAUCGUUGAAAAACGCCUUCUGGUCGGUCAACCCCCUGGCACUGUCAUUAAAACUGUCACAGCUCAGGUAAUGCAAACCAGCAGCGGGCCCAGUAUCGUCCUUCAAGGACUGCACGGGUAUUCUCUAACGCCUCAACAGUUGGCACUUGUACAACACCAAGUAAAGCAACAGCUUCUUAAAGCACAAGAAUCGACCGGCAAGCAAGGAAUGCUGGGCCCCAGGAAAAUGUAUUUGGCGGUCCAGCCCGCGCCCGCCGCGCCGCCGCUGCUCGCGCCCGUCGCGCCGCAGCCGCUGCAGCCCAUGCCGGUGCCCCAGCAGGACGUUAGUGAUGAAGAUCAAAGCAAACGACAGCCUCUUUUGAACGGUGAAGAAAAUGUCGCCGAAGCGGCUAGUCAUAAAGAGGCCACCCCGUCUAAACCUGAAGAUAUUAAGGAAAAUAACACCAAAACCGAUAUCGUGAAUUCCAAUCAGGAAGGAGUUCAAAGUAACAAGUUCGUACUCACGCCUGACUACAUACAGCAAACCAUCAAAAGCGUACUGAAACAGGACAAUCUGAAUCCUGAAAUAGAAGAGAAGCUUCUGCAACAGCUCCGAUACCACGAGAAACGCAACAAACCCGAACAGGUCGAGAGAGAGCCUCGGGCCGUGGCCGUCGUGGCCCGCUCGCCGUCGCCGCCGCCGCGCCGCCGCCCCACCUCCUCCCGCAACGACGACGACGACGAGUGGGUGGACAGCAGCCCGCGCAAGCGAGGCCGCGCGCGCCCGCCCACGCCGCCGCCGCCGCCGCGCCCGCCGCCCGCGCACGCGCCCGUCUCCGCGCAGGAGGAACGCCGUCGUGCCGUUUCCACACACUCUAGAUUACAAAUGUUACUCUUCAAACACAAAGAAAUGCUCAAGAAAGAUAUCAUUAAGAAAAGAGGACUUCUCGAAAAAGAACUUGGUGUUGAAAUUCAGAAAGAGUUAUCGGCUGAACUAGCUCUUCGAACUCGAGCCGAGAGGAGUAAACAAGAAGAAGUGCGCACGGGUAAGCGGCGCACCGCGUCCAGUAGCGCACGCGACUCCACUCCUAAAGCAAACAAACGGUCUCUGAAGAAAGAGAAGCUACUUUGUAUUUGCCGUACUCCUUAUGACAAUACCAAGUUUUAUGUUGGUUGUGAGCAUUGCAGCAACUGGUUCCAUGGUGAUUGUGUCGGGGUGACAGAAGAAAUGAGUAAGACUAUGGAAGAAUACGUUUGUCCAGAUUGCCGAAGAGCGGAAGAAACACAGGAAUUGUAUUGUCUCUGCCGGCAACCGUACGAUAAUUCACAGUUUUACAUUUGUUGUGACCGAUGUCAGGACUGGUUUCAUGGUCGAUGCGUUGGAAUUUUACAAUCGGAGGCUGACAAUAUUGACGAAUAUAUUUGUCCUAAUUGUCAAAAAAACAAUUCAGUUAAUUUUGCAAAUAUGAAAGAACUUACACCCAAAGACUUUGAAAAUCUAAAGAGGCUUGUGAAACAAAUACAGCUGCAUAAAAAUGCGUGGCCUUUUAUGGAGCCUGUCGACCCGAGAGAAGCGCCUACUUAUUAUAAAGUAAUCAAGGAACCUAUGGAUUUACAAACAGUGGAAAGAAAAGUUAAUGAACAGACUUACAGUACGUUAAGUGAAUUUAUUGGUGAUAUGACUAAAAUAUUUGAUAAUUGUCGAUAUUUUAACCCUAAAGACUCUGAAUUCUAUCGUUGUGCGGACGGUCUUGAAGCGUUUUUUGCACAAAAAAUUAAAUAUUUUCGUGAAAAAUUAUUCGAAUCUACUCAAUGAUAAGUGCCAGUGUAUAGUGUCUAUGUGAGAAUAAUUAUGUGAUUGAAUCAAGUUUUCGGGACAAUGAUGAUAGGAAAUGAAAUAGCCGAGGUUUUGUUCUAAAUGAUCUGUUACAACUGUAAAUUGUAAACGAUGUGAUGAAAUUUACAAAGAAUUUUAAUUUAUGUAAAAUAUUACUAAGUUUCUAUCUAUCAAGAUGUCAGACCUUGGACCAUGUCAAGUAUUUAUUGUAUUUAUUACAUGUUUGCAUUCUUGUCCCAUUUUAAGGCUGACUGUCUAUCAUUAGAUACAGAUUAAACUCCAAACAAGAUAAUUUAUAAAUGUAUACUUGCAGUUUGUGAAAUAUUAUGUUAGCUAAUGUAACUUAGCGAGUUUAGUUGUUAUAAUAGUGCUUAGCAUAAGAUAAAAACUAUUUGUAU